CAAGUCAAUGACGUCAAACUAUAAUCAGAGACCCAUCGACUUGUAUAAAAGAAGAAGACGUCGAGAUGUCUGCUAGGUAGAGAGGAUCAGAAAGACAUCAAAUUGACAUCAAAUAAAGCUAGCUGCAAGUCGAGAUAGCCUGCAACCGAUCAGACCAGCCGUCAAUACCAAAACCACCUACCUAUCACCAAGCCAACCACAUCAUCAAAAUGCCUCGCGACGGAUCCGGCAGGGCUCACAACGAUGUCGAGGACAAGCCUGAGAUUGCCCACGGUGUAGACCAGCCUGGAAGCAACGUCGACAGGUCCAACAAGGCCGCUGCUAUGCCCGAGGGAGAGAAGGGCAUGGCCAUCGAGGGCAUGAACGCCAGCGGUGGCAGCUCGCAGGGUCUCAGCCGGGGACCCAACGUCGGUCAGGGCAAGGGAGCGUCUGCCAAAUAAUUGGAAGAGAUAACGUAAUAUUAGGUGGAAUAUCUCCAGCAUUGGGAUACUUCCAUACUAUAUUAGAAAUGAGACCAUGUUAAACGACUAAGAACUUAUAUUCAAGAGUAACAAGUGAUGCAUGCUAGACUAGUAAUUUUGGAAACGGCG